AUGGCCAACACCACAGCCCCCUUCCUAUCACAUCAUGAACUCCACAAGGCUAUUUUGGCGAUCAAAAUUCUUGUCACCUGGAACGAGGAAUCCCGGCUGUGUGCUAAUAUCAGUACCUCUUCAGACCGAUUCACCUCUGCUCUGCACCAGAACAAGGACUGGGCAGCCCAGAUUGCCAAGGAGGAUCCUUCCCUGUUCCCGACGCUUGCGAAUGGCCAGUACCCCGAGAUCCUCUGGAUUGGCUGCUCCGACUCCCGAUGCCCCGAGACGACGGUUCUGGGUCUCAAGCCUGGUGAUGUCUUCGUUCACCGCAAUAUCGCCAACAUCCUGCACGCCGGCGAUCUGAGUUCCUCUGCUGUCAUCGAGUAUGCUGUGCGAUACCUGCAAGUGAAGCAUAUCGUCCUCUCGGGCCAUACUAGUUGUGGAGGUGUUGCUGCCGCCUUGGGCAACAAGCAGCUGGGCAUCCUGGAUCCCUGGCUGCUGCCCCUGCGCCAGCUGCGUCAGCAGAACCUGGAUCUGUUGAAUUCCAUGACGCCCGAACAGGCCAACCUGAAGCUGGUCGAACUGAAUGUAUUGGAAGGCGUUAAGCUGUUGAAGCAGAAGAAUGUGGUGUUGGAGGCCAUCGAGCAGCGCGGCCUCCAGAUUCACGGGCUGAUCUAUGAUGUUGCUUGUGGUGUUCUGCGGCAGUUGGAUACCGACGAGUCGGAGGAGGCCAUCAAGGCGCGGUUGACAUCAUUCAAGACCGAUGUCUAG